GGCUCCACAAAGUUAGUAAACAUUGACGUUUCGCGUAAUUAUCGGUAAUUUAUUUAGUACAUCUUGUUUUAGCUUGAAUUUGUUCUUCUUGGUUCUUCCGUUAAUGAAUUAGUAUCUUUGUGAUUGACUGUCAUAAUUUUCAGACAGUAAUAUUUGUGCGUUUUACGAAAGCUACUACUUUGCAUUCGUUGUUGACAUCCGAAAAUUCGCCUUUAGUUAAACUGUAGCUUAUUCCUGAGUCUACCAAAUUUCAUCAGAUGAACUAAGUGUUUUUGCAGAAAAAUAUAUCAUGGAACUGUGCAGCAAUUACGAAAACUGUAACACAUGUUUAUCACAGAACACAACGAUUGAUGCUAGUAAUACUCAAGUCGUACAACAUUUUGACGGAAGUGGCAGCAGUCUUACGUCUAACUUCGAUUACGAGAGAAUCUACAGACCAAAUGGAUCCCUCGCAAGAACAUUAUACCUGAAAUAUCUACAGGACGAGAAGCUGCAAAGAAUGGACAAGAGACAGUGGUACCAGUGCGGCGAGCUGGCGGAGCACGCCCAGCGGACGUUCCAGGAGCAGUCCGUGGACGAGGAGACGGCGCACUUCCUGCAGCAGGCGUCGCACAAGUCCGACUGGGUCUUCACGCAGCUCUGGCAUUCGCUCGCGCGCUCCAUACUCAGCAUCUUCAUGUCGCAGACCUCCAUCAACGGGUGAG